AAUAACAUGAGAAGGUGGUUUCUUUCCAUUUUUGGAGCCAGAACUUUUAAUGGAGCACGUUAAUAAUGACACGAAUGAACAAGUAGAGGUAAGACGCUGUUUUUGUGCAUGAUGUAUAUGUUAAAGUCUAGGUUUCGGAACAGUCCGGAAAGUCUGCAGCCCUAGCCUUAGAUACCGUCUCUACUGUCACAUAUAUGAACAUAAUAACCCUCGGUUAAGUAGACCUGGCUUCAUGAAAUUUCCAGAUCCACGCAUUGUAUAACGUGAAAAUUCGUUAAUCUUUCACAAAAUGAUCCUUUGUGAACUGAGUAUAGAAACAGGAGUCAUUGUUAACUUCGUGCGAAAAUUUAUUGCGAUCAUAUCCUGAAAGAACCCGAUCGUAUUUUCUGUUAAUUGGUCAUGGAUUAAUUUUGAAAGCGAACAUCUUUCUAUUGAAACUUUACAGAUGAUCAUAUUAUGGCUGUUAGCCUUUGUCUUGUCUUGAGAAAAGAUUUCUUUCAAGGAUUUAAAUUUAAAAUUCGAAAUGCAAUAGUUUCGUGUGGGAUUUUCAAUGGUAUCGAGCCUGAUCACUUGUUUACAUUACAGCGUUUGUAUUUGCAUACGUCGAAUUGUGACUUGCAAAUAUAACUUAGAAAAAAUUGAACAUUCUCAUUAUCAUAGGUCACUGUUUUGUUCUUCGCGAAAAGCCGUGAGUUGGUGGAGAAGCCGUCAGCCCAAAUAUUUCUUCCUAAACUUCUAACUGGACGAGAUCUGGUUGCUAAUAUAAUCAAUAGUUUUCCGAGGUAAGUUUUUAGCGAUCGACCGUCAGCGUGAAAUUAAUCUCCUCGGUGACAAUAGCAGGCCGCAAAAUUAUUAGGCGCUGUCAGUUUUAAUCCUUUUUAAACAACUCUGUUCUCAUCUAGCUUAAAAAGUAGAGUCGGUCUUUUUCAUUGUGGUUAGCUUAUUUUACAUGACUUAUUGAUCUUUGAACAAAAAGUGACUUACGAUCGAUUAACCACGCUUUAUUAUCAACAUGUUGUGAAGUCUUUCAGACAUUCAAGAUAGUGUCGUGAUCGCAGUAAACCAAAACUACAUUGAACAAGAUUCAGAAAUUGGCUUCCAAGGGGGUGAAGAAGUCGCUGUUAUUCCGCCGAUAAGUGGCGGCUGAAAUGAGAGAGGACAGGUACUGAUAUAAAUGACUUAAUUUUGCAACCGCGGGCCGUAUGAAAGUGUUUAUGAAACUCUCAAAUCAAGUAAAGGAUAUUGAACAGUAGAGUACCUUUAUUCUGUAUCUGUAUUCUAUAUUCAAGUUAAUUCUAGAUAUUUUCCCUCUUUUCCUUUCUUCCUUAUUUAGAUUUACUUUAAAAAUGUUGAAAAUUGUAAACUAAAGGAGGUUGUUUUUUUUUUUGGAAUGUUGAAGAUUAAGGGACUUGGGGUUUUCAACUUUUUUUGUAAAAAUGCCUUUUAGCAAUAACCACAUUAAGAGUCUAGUCUCCUGGGUGAUAUACAUUAAAGCCUUUGCAUUCACAACCAUUAUCAACACACGUUCUGAUUAGCAAUAAUUAUCUUUGAUUCUAAGACAUACUGCCAUUGUUCAAUUUCUUUUUUGUGACAUUUGGCCUGAGGCUGAGCACUAGUUUAGGGUGUUAUCUUCUGCAGUACAUUUGCUGCUCUACAUAUAGUGAUCAUAUCAAAGCAAUUAAAUAGUAAUGAUAUUUGACGCUUGUAAAUGGAUUUCCUGACCAGCAGUGCACUUGUUUUGAAGAAGGCUUUAGAUUUUUAUGCCAAACUUUUACAGCAAAUGAUAUCUUAUAUAUUGUGCAGCUAAGGCACAUAAUCACAGCUGAAGACAACACUGUCAACAAACAAGAUUACUAUUGUUUAUCCUUCACAGCUAUUGAAUAUAGCAUUUGCAAACAGUACAGUAUAGAAAAAAUUAGUUCUAUUUUCAUUGCUUGGUUAAAAUGGGUUUUGAAACAGAAUAAAUAAUAAUACGGCCUUUGUAAGACCAUGCAUCAUUCACAAACUCUAAUUUCUGUGAGCUGUGAAGACUUCUUUUCAUUGUCUUUUAAAUUUUUUGCUAUUGCAUCAUUAAAUAUUAGCCCAGGGUUGGAUUCAGAAAUUUUCAUCAAAACAGUCAGAGCCAAUGUGCACACCAUUGAAGUUAAUUUUUAUCCUUCCUAGCCAUCAAUAACAAAUCGAUAUCAUCUUCCCAUGGUCAGUACUCUUAUUGACUUCAGCAAUAAUGCCAAAAUGUUCAAACUCAAGAGGAACAGCGAGUGGUUUCACUGCAAAGUUUUGAACAUUUUGGCAUCGUUUCUUUGGUUGAUGAGAGUUCACACCAUAGAAAAUUGUCGAUUUGUUUUUUUACAAUAAUAUUGACAGUUUUGAUGCCCAGUUCCAUUGAGGUUUCUCAGAAAAUUGCCCACAAAGAAAGAGGAAAACAAAUUGCACCACCACCAUGUCAUUUCCAUGGUCAGUACUCUCUUAUUGAACAGUAGCUCUCAACUAAUCAGCAUACGAGAAAUUGCUCAGUUAUUGCAAAAAUGUAACUUUCCAGGAAGCCUCAAUUACGUAGAUCCUUACAAUUCCUCCAGUAGAAACAAUUUCAUUGUCACAGCAAUUUCAUAAACAAAUUCUUUGCUCUCAUGCAUGCAUUUAGGAGGUUUGGAACCCCUGUACCCUCCCUCUUGAUGGCCACUGUAGCAGUGUAUAUUUAACAAUUAUUCCUUGAGCCCGAAUGGGCUCUGAGUCAAUAGCCCAUGAGGCUAUAUUGAGAGAGCUAAACUUUAAUCCUUUUUUGUCGCCAAAAAGGCAGCGCCUUUUGCUAUUAGUGUGCUAUAAUAUAUAGCCUAGUAGUAGCUCAACCAAUCAGAACGCAGCAUUGAUAAUAGACUACUAGCUGGAUUCUACUAAACAGCUUUAAUACAUGUGCUUUUUAUUUUGAUUGUUUUGUCAAAUUGUCACACUGAGAGUAUGUAUGUAUAAUCAUGGGUAUGUACCGAGUUGUUUUUGAAUAGGUAACAAAAGUGUAAAUCAGCGUAAGUCAGUGUGUCAAAAUCAUGGACAUGUACAUGUAGCAUGUUAUUGAUUUUUUUGGUCAUUAUUUCAUGUUGGUUGACUGAAAUUUUGAGUAAAAUUAUGAUGUAAACCACCAUCGGUGCUUAUAAACCCACCUUGAAGGCUGCAGAUAUUUUUGUGAUAAGAAAUAGCAAGGCAGUAUAACAGCAGCACCUCUGUCUUUCCCUGACUCUGCAGCUGCUUUCCCCCCUCCCCCAUAAACUAACUGACUGAUGUUUGUAUCUGUCCUUGAAUCAGUUACCAAUGAUCUGUGCAAUAAAAACUUUGAAUUCUUAAGAAUUAUUGUUUACACCACUCCUCCCUGGGAAAAAAAUCACCCUUAACAGUUCCGAAAAUUGUACAUUUCAGUUUUAGUACAUAGCAGCCAAUGCUUUCUCUAAGGAUUACUGAAAAAGUAGUUCUAGCCAUGAUAAGAACAAGCACAAUAAAAUAUAUAUUAUAUAAGGGAAAGUAAUGGGAAGUUAAAGUGCCAAGAUUUGGCAAGGGAAAAGGAAUGAUCUUAAUGCGUCAUGAAUGCAAAAAGCAAUUAAAAAGCAAAGAACUCUUGGUGAGAAUUAUUCACUUUUUAAAUUGUAUACAAUGUAUAAUGCAACAGCAUUAAGGAGUUAAGUGAAAUAUGCUGUUUAUGCUAAAAUGUGUUUGCAGUAAUAAUGGUAGUAAUACUAAUGAUGAUGAUUAUGAUGAUAAUUAUUUAUUAUAAUGGUAAACCCUUUGAGAUAAGACCUCUGUCACUAAAAAUGGUUUUCAACAGGGGUCAUUAAAAAUACUGUAAAAUUAGAUGAAAUAAAAUUGUUAGUAAAAGAAUAUCAUUAAAAAAGUCACAAAAUUGUUCCUGCAAUAAAAGUAUCAAGUGAGGCAUGGGAUUGUUCAAUUCAAAUGAAAGGAAAGUCCAAUAUCUAGCACAUGAAUAUAUCCCUUAUUCUGGGAAUUAUACAGGAUUGGAAUUUAUACAUUUGUUACAUUUUUUCUUUCAAUUGAGAUGCAGAGAAAAAUACUAAACAAUCAUUAUAUAUUUUUUUAAGGUUUUCAUAUUGUGGUCAAUUUAUUUUGACUGAUCGGUGAUUUUAUUUUUUAUUUUAAUGGUUGCACCCUACCAAUAAACAGAAAAUAUUUGUGGCAGUGGUUCACAUAGUUACAAAAUAUUUCAUGAUAUGUAGAAUGUUUCUAAAAUGGGUUUAAAGUAAAUAGUCAGACAGGCACAUGCAGAAGUUUCAGCUGUGUUAUUUUUGUGAUAUUGUACACUUGUCAAACCAAUGCAUACUUGCUGGAUUCUUUUCAUGAAAAUUAAUGACUUUUUGUCACAUUGUUCAGUCUUUCAAGCUUUUUAAUUAAAAUUUUGCUUUGUUAGGAUAAAGAAAUUUAAUGACAGAUAAUGAAAUAUUACUCAUGUCCCACUGCUGGACUAAAAGCUGCCUAAAGUGGCAUAAUAUUGCUUCUCAGUAUUCAAUUUUUUUCAUGUGCCUUUGAUAUUUUGCGAUUAUUUUUGUUUUUGUAACAACCUAUAUUGUCAAAUUGAAUUAAUUUUGUCAUUAACACUUCUUGAGGGGUAAAAAUGUCACUCUCAUUGCAGCUAUAGAAACUGUAAGGAUAUAUUUUAAAGUUCAAAACAGAUUUGCAGAUUUAAUGUAAUUCAAAUGAAGCUCCAAGGGGUGUUUAUUAUUUUGUUAUAGGUGUACAUGUUUAAGUUUGACUUGCAAGCGUUUGACUUGUUUGAACAAGUAUAUGUAAUGAUGUCUCAACUUUCAUGGUAAUUUUUAUAAGGUCUUCAAAUUUGCAUGAUGCCAGUAACGAAAGAAGUCAAUAGUGGAUAUUAUCAAUGUAGAUAUUUUCCUUCAUAAAUCAUCUUAAAAACUUUAGUGUGAUAUUUUACUGCAACUGCUACAAACUAUUUGUUUUCAAAGUUACCUUCAGAUUAGUUUUCAGAAGAAAAUAAUUACUUACUAAAACUACACAUGUAUACAUAAAGAGUUGGGGCUGAUGGUAUUGUCAAGUUUUCUUUGGAAUAUAUUUGCAAGCAAAGACAAUGAGGUAAGGAUAAGACCUAUACAGCUGGUUUGUGAAAAAUGUGGAUUAAAAAGAAUCUCACUAGCAUCUUACCAUGGAACCAGCACAAAUUAUUUUAAAUUAAUUAUGUGCUGCUCUACCAAAGUUUCUUUGAAAAUGGAAAAAUUUUUACGCUAAUCUGAUUUCAUCUUAUAGGCAGAAGUUGCAAUAAUUAUUUGUUUUGUUUUGUUUUUUUGUCUGUUAAUAAUAUUUAUAGUUAUAACUUUUACGGUGGCAAAAAAAGGCACUGUCAACUGCAUUAUUUUGAAGGUGUCCAUAAUUGACAUCUGCUUAUGGUAUGAAAAAACGUUAUCAUAAUGAUUUUCAUUGAUGUUUAAUUCCUUGAGUCUUAACUAUUUUCUUGGGAGUAAAGUGUAUGGAAUAAAAAGUGAAUUUACUACCAUGGACUUGUCCCUGGGUAUCUGCAUAUUUUAUAACUAGGUUUAUUGUUGUCCUUUUUUCAAUAGAGUGAUUUUACUUGACUUGUGAAACAGAGAAUAACUUAAGUGCACAAGUAAACAAAAGAAGGUAAUGGAAUAAGUGCAUAACAUUUUACUACCUAUUUCACGGGUAAAGUAAAAUCACUCUAUAGGAACACUAAAUCAUCCCACCAAAAAUUGUCUUUAGUUAGUAGUUUGUUAAUUGAUGUUGAGUAAAUACUGCAGUGCCUUGUGAUUUUUUAAAUCUGCAACUCAACAGAAUACAGUCAUUUAGUCUCAGUGGCUAAGAAAGUACUGAUAACAAUAAAAUUAUAAUAAAUUCAUGCAGUUAUUACAUCCCGCAUUUAUUUUCUAGUAAAACCAAGACAUCCAGUUUACACAUGGCAGAUGACACCAUUGUCAUAACUCCAGAUCAUCUUCAUGUUGAUCAAGUCACAGAGAUUGUAGGUUCACCAAGUGCAGGAGCAAUCUCUAUGUUUGUAGGUAACUAAAACCAUUCACCUUUUAUUUGUUUCUUUAAUAGCAUUUGAUUUUAGGCUUCUGAUUUAGACCUGGAGUGAAAAAUGCUAAGUUCAAGACUAGCCAUGUUCAAACCUCACAUAUGCAACCAUCCAAAAUGCCUAGAUGGUGGUGUUUAUUGCCUAUUAGAGGGUACAAUAUGAUGAGUUCCAGUGGGAUAUAUAACUAAGCCAGAUUUUGAUAGUUACUGGUAGAUAGCUGGUGGUUGCUUUCGCAGGUUUUAGCUGUAGGAGCAGGGUGUAAAGAAAGUCAGUUUUACACCUUGCCCUUCUGCCAUUUUUUCCAUAGCUAACAGAUGCUUCUGGCAUAUUUCUAAAUACACUAUUAAAAUACCCUUCUGGCAUAUUUCUAUACUAGCCCAAGAGUCAUUUUAACUAGUCCCCCCCCUGUCCCCGCCACCCCCCAAAAAACAAAACUUGAUGGGCAGGAUUGACUAGCUUGAGGUGCAUUAUAAUAUGCCCAGACUAUCACAUCACUGAGUUGAGUUUGACGGUUAGUUAACUUGUAAGUCUUUUUGUUUAAGGUACAACCAGAGAUAAUUUUGAAGGUAGGAAAUUUUCAUUUCAUUUCAUUUGUUACUGGUUAAUGCAAAGUUAAAAUUAAUUAAUUUAUUUCAUUUUCUCAAUACCCACAAAUAGCAAAAGGUAGUCUAGGUGGACAGUGUCGAUAUAUAAGCAAAAUUAUAUGAACUCCAAAUUAUAUUAAAUUCACAAGAAAACAAAAAAUUGUACACAUGAAAAAAAUAUGAAAAUGAAAAGGAGAAGAUAAAUUAUUCAAUUACUGCAUAGAAUCAUUGAAUGCUGAUAUUUUGCUGACAUUUGUUUGUAGGAGAAAAGGCAAAUAUUAAUUAACAAAGUGGCCCCAGUUAUACAAAAGGUGGAUAGGGCUUAUAACCACUGGACAAAUCUCUAUCCACUGAAUAACACAAUUGGAUUGCCUAACACUUAUCCUCUUGAUAGUGAUUUAUUUGGCGGAUAGUGCUAUCCAAUACAACAUAUCCAAACAACCAGGGCCCAAUAAAUGAUUUUUCAUUUUUCCCUAGGAAAGACGGUAGUACGUUUGGAAUAUGAGGCAUACAUGCCCAUGGCUAGAUCAGAGAUGCGCAAGAUUUGUAAGCAAGUGCGAGAGAAAUGGGAUGUGAUAAAAAUAGCCAUAUUUCACAGAAUUGGGUAUGACAAGAGACUGCUUUAGUGCAUUCCAUUAUGCUUAAUUUAUGAUUUUGUAUAGGGUAACUAAACUGAUGGUCAAAAGUUCAAAACUAAGAUUCAAGCCCCAUGUAACUGCUGUGGUUUGCUCAUAAAUCAAAAGGAGAAUUUUUUUUUUUUAGAUCACCAGGCGUUACUUGGAGCUUUAAAUGCCAAACAGUUAUUGAAAUGACUGUCUUGUUUGGCCAGGACUCAUUGCCUUCCCUCUCUAUGUUGUGCUAAGAAAGCUAUUUGUUUAGUGUUGAGAAAUAACUGUAACAUUUUAAUUUGCAGAGUGGUGCCAAUAGGAGAAGCCAGUGUAAUUAUUGCUGUAUCAUCAGCCCACAGGAAAAAUUCUCUGGAAGCCGUUCAGUACUGUAUAGAUACUUUAAAGGCCACAGUGCCCAUUUGGAAAAAGGUAGUAUUUUUUUAUUUUAAAAGCGCAGUAAUCAUUUCCUGUGCUGGUCAAAAUUCUAGGAUGUACCAGUUAGGGCACUUGUCCAUUUUACAUUUAUAAUGCACUGACAGAGGAAGACCUAAUUCCAUAGUUAAAUUAUUUUUUUAGGAAGUAUACGAACAAGGUGAACCCAAGUGGAAGGAAAAUUCUGAAUGUUACUGGAAAAACAAAGGUGGAUCCCUCAAACAGUCAACUGUUUAGUUAAGCUGACAAAGACUUCAAGGCUGGCUAAUUUAAAGCAUUUAUAAUCAGACAGUGUUGUGUGAUCACUUUAACAAAGUAUCUGGGCCCAGUUGUUCGAACGCCGGUUAGCACUAAUCCGGGGUUACAUUUUAACCCGGGUUUCUUUAUCUUUUUAUCAAAAGCACCCUCUUGGAUAAUUUUCUUUUUUCUUUUUAGAGUAUCCAUUAUCAUCAAAUUGUAGGCAAAGAGAAUUGAAUUGAAAUGAAUUUGCUUUUUAAGCCCUCAUAUCUCUGUUCAAAUUUCGCACUAACUGUGGGUUAUCUUAACCCAGCUUCGAAAAACCCGGCCCAGAUGUUUAGUUGAUGUCCACCUCUGAGUUAUGCAGGCAUAUUUACAUUACAUGUAUUGUGAAAAAUGUUGAAGUUUAGACACAAUGUUCAAAACGUUUGAUGUUUUGGACAGGGGCUACAGAUUGUUGUUAUUUCAUAAGGAGUCUCAGUCUUAAGAUAUAAAAAUGGGUUGGUGAUACCCAGCUUUUAGCCACGCCUGAAGACAAGUUCUGUACUGUAUUCUUCAUUUUUUGCUACCAUUGUUUUUAAUACAGAAAAAACACUAAUAUUAUUAGUGUUUUUUUAAAAUAUCAUUUCCUUGUUAUUCCAAUAAUUCUAAUUAUUGUUUGAAACUUAAGGAAAAUGUGUGUUAAUCACUUACAGGAAAGAAAAUGGUGCAUACUUAAUGAGAGAAGAUAAAGUAAAAGCUUAUCUUAGGGUGAUUAAGCCAGAGUGGAUAUUAUUAUACUCUAACACAAUUAGAGAAAAAUAAAUUUUAUAAGAACAGUUAUAUAAAAUAAUAUAUUUAAGAGACUUUUUCAGUCUUAAAACUACAUUUAUUUCAAACCUUUACUGUAAAUCCUCCAUAGAGAGGAGAAGUGUGACGUCAUGUUACCAUGGUAGUACUAUUUCUGGAUUGCAACAAAACCAAUGACGACGGCAACAGCAAGGAGAUUGGCAAUAAAUAAUAUGUUUAUAGUAACAAACAACAACUUUGCACGUGCAUCACACUAUUUUGUACGUUUCUUUGCUGUCGUUGCACCACUACGACAUGAAACUUCCUAAUUUCACAAGCUCGCUUUAUGGAGUAGGUGAACGCAACACAAAAACUGUCGCUUUCAUUUUUUAAACUUAGAUUAUGAUAGAUACGAUCCCAAAGAAAAUUUCACCAAGAUUUUCCAAAUUCAAUGAAAUUGAAUAAGAUCGGUGAAGUUUGAAAUAGUGCAAAUAGACUUUUAAGUGACUUUUUCGGUUUGUUGUCAUCCAAAAAUUUUGCUUCCAUGGCAACACGACGUAACGACGUCUCCUCCCUAUUAAGGCCCCCCGGGGGCCUAUUUAUUUCAAGCCCAUUUGAGGGGGGGGGCUUAAUAGAGAUGGGGGGUUAUAUAAUUUAGGAAAGACGAUGGUACCAGUUCUCCAUAAAGAAUUUAUAGAAUACAAAGUGGAAAAGCUUGAGAACAAGAAGGUUGGAGGUCAUGCAGGUGAGGAUCAGAAUCAAAUCCGAACUUCCAGCUGGUAAAUAAACCAUCCCGGAUCAGUGCUCACAAAGUUUUACAAAGUCAGAAUCUGACCAAAAAGAACCAUCAGCAGAAAUUUAAAAUUGCUCCUCCAAAGAAGUAACAAAGAGAACUAGUUGAUAAAGACAUCUUUAAAUGUGGUAUCUGCUGUGGGUUAUGGAUGUCACAGGGCCACCAAGUACCAGAAACCUGCAUCUUUUUUUAAGUGACCAUGUGCAUUCUCUACAUGCAUGCAUGGGUAUAAAUAAUUAAACUAAUGCAUUAAUUUUACUGUUUUAGUAGUGUGAAUAAUGAACACUCUCUCUCUGACUUAGAAUAAUAAACAAAUGGAAAUAAGCCAAUUUUCUGGGUUUUUUUUCCUGCUGUGUUUAUUUUUCUAUUUCCGGGCUGUAAGGUAGUAUCACGUUGGUUUGGAUUUUUGGUGAGUAAAGCGGUGUAGACGUGAAAGUUACUUAAUCUUUAUCUUUUUUGUCACCAGUUACCAAGCUCAGCAUAUCAACAGUUUGAUAUCCACCCACCCCCCGCCAGAAUGUUAUGGUCCACAUCGUUGUAACUUAUUUCUUAAAAAUUAUGAUUAUUUUAGUCAACUAUUCUGAUAAGGGAGUCGCGAAGAACGAAUUCUCGCAAAAAUUAUAUUGAUGCGAAUUUUAAUAAUCAGAGACUCUCUUCUAUGUUAUACAGAUUGUUUAAAAACUGACAGUUAUUGUCUCCAGCAUUUGAGUCCACCAAAUGUUC